AUGAGCGACACCGUGGCAAGAUACAAGAAGAGCGUUUUGAAGCCUCUACGCCCCCGCCUUCACAAGCCUAUGCGGUGGGAUGAUAGGUAUGCACCGUACCUAAAACGGGCUGGAUUCCUCCUGUUGGCGUGGCUAGUCAAGGAGGGACUCCCCGGUAUGGACAAUGCAGCUUUAACAGCUCUGGUGGACCGGUGGAGGCCUGAGACACACACAUUCCACCUUCCCAGCGGUGAGAUGUCAAUUACACUCCAAGAUGUGGCAAUGCUAUUUGGGCUUCGUAUAGAUGGUAGAGCCGUAACUGGUAGCAUCUGUCCAAAUGGAUGGAGAGAAAGAGUGGAGCUGUUGUUUGGAGUGCACCCACCCGAACCACCGGAAGACACGAAGGAUAAGAGGCCUACGGGAGUGACCUCAGCUUGGUUGACGCAACAUUUUGGUACACCACCUGGAGCGGAUGCUAAUGGCGGGACGGUUGCUAGGUUCGCUCGGGCAUGGCUAUGGCAUUUGAUCGCCGGGUUUCUAUUUCCUGAUUCGAGCGGGAACACAAUCUCAUGGAUGUGGCUAGAACUAAUUGGUCAAGACUGGGACAAUAUUGCCACUUUCAGCUGGGGGAACACAACACUUGGGUGGUUGUACCGUCAGCUGUGUGAUGCUUGUAGGCGGAGCAAAGAUAGUGCAAAUCUUGGUGGUUGUGCUUACCUAUUGCAACUGUGGAUGUGGGAGCGCCUUCCUGUUGGCCGGCCGGAGCGUUAUGCUCAUGGAGUUACGCCAUUAUACGAGGGAGAGGCUGUGGCUACAGUGGGUUGGUUAUGGAACAAUAUUGGUACCGUGCAGGGUAAUCCAGGAAGGCGGUACAUAGACUACAGCAAUGCCCUUGAUUGCCUAAAUGCUGCACACGUUGAAUGGCAACCAUACAAUCGCAUGGAGGUGCAAAACAUGAAUCUUAGUCCGCAAUGCAUGAGGGAUAAUGAAUACUGGCGCUCAGUUUGCCCUCUUAUUUGCUAUUACAUUGUUGAGUACCACCUUCCAAAUCGGGUGAUGCGCCAAUUUGGAAUACUUCAGUCUUGUCCGCCUGAGUAUAUUAAUACUAGCCAUGAGUUGCACGGAACUGAUCGAUGGAAGCAGCAGGGUGCCACAAACUGGGAGGAGAAGCACCUUGCAUAUGUGAAUGCUUGGAAUGGUCGAGGCAACAACAUAGUUUAUGGUGGCCCUGUUCACCGUGAGGCCCAGUUCAAUAUAUAUUUGGACUGGUUGAAGAAAAACACACGGCUAAAGCUCAAGGCUGCAUUGGACGAUACCCACAUCGAGGAUCUACCUUCGGACCCCGAAGAUGUCUUUGCCGAAUAUGAUGCUCACACGAGAAUGGGUAUGCAGCCCGAGCGAGGACCCUUUGAAGACUACAUUGGGCAGCAACUUAGUCGUUUUGAUAACGAGGCGGGACAAGCGUUGAGGGUGCCAAUAGGAUCACCGGAUGAGGCCACCGUGCUGAGGGGAUUCUUACAGGGCCUCUCGCCCAGUCAGCUCUUCCGCCGCCGCUGGCUUGUCAGCGGGGGUCCAGGCGACCGGCGCCUCGGUGGCAAUGGCGGAAGCGACGGUGGAUGUGGGGAGCUCGGGUGCGGCGACCUCCGCUAA